AUGCUGGGCACAAAACGGUUUCAACAUGUGGUUGAGACCCCAGAGUCUGGCAAGUUGGAGUUGUCUGGGUAUGAGGCAGCCCUGCCAAUCACAGAGAAGUCAAACCCACUGACCCAGGACCUGGACAGAGCAGAUGCUGAACAAAUUGUUCGAUUGCUGGGGCAAUGUGAUGCUGAGAUCUUCCAGGAGAAGGGGCAAGUCAUGCCCAUGUACCAGCGACUGUAUAGUGAAUCAGUUCUGACCACCAUGGUACAAGUGGCUGGAAAAGUUCAGGAAGUGCUGAAGGAGCCUGGGGGGGGGGGGCUGCUGGUGUUGAGUGGAGGGGGCAUCUCUGGCAGGAUGGCAUUCUUCAUGUCGGUGAGUAAAGGUUUAGGACAGAAACCUCUUUAUACCUACCUCAUUGCAGGAGGUGACAGGUCUGUGGUGACAUCUAGGGAAGGGACAGAAGAUAGUGCUCUGCACAGGAUUGAGGAACUAAAGAAGGUGGCUGCUGAGAAGAAGAGGGUGAUUGUCACUGGCAUUUCGGUGAGACUCUUUGCUCCCUUUGUGGCAGGCCAGAUGGACUACUGCAUGGAUAACCCAACCAUCUUCUUGCCAGUCCUGGUCAGUUUCAACCCCGUGAACAUGGCCAGAAAUGACCCCAUUGAAGACUGGCGUUCGACAUUCUGACAAGUAGCAGAACGGAUGCAGAAACUGCAAGAGAAACAGGAAGCUUUUGUGCUCAAUCCUGCAAUUGGGCCCCCGGGCCUCAGUGGCUCAUCCUGGAUGAAAGGUAGAAACGCUACCAAGAUCCUGUUGGAAACCCUGUUACUGGCAGCGCACAAGACUGUGGACCGGGGGGCAUUCCUUUCUCCCAGAUGCCUUCUGGAAAUCCUGCGGACAUUUGAGCGGGCUCAUCAGGUGACCUAUAGCCAAAGCCCUAAGAGCGCCACCCUGAUGAAGCAAGCCAGCACCAGCCUGGAGAAAAAAGGCUGAGUGUACAUGGUUGGUUGGCAGACCCUUGGCAUCAUUGCCAUCAUGGAUGGAGUGGAGUGCAUCCACACCUUUGGUGCUGAUUUCCGAGAUGUCCGUGGCUUUCUCAUUGGUGAUCACAGUGAUAUGUUUAACCAGAAGGCUGAGCUCAUCAACCAGGGUCCCCAGUUCUCCUUCUCCCAGGAGGACUUCCUGACUUCCAUCUUGCCAUCCCUCACAGAAAUUGACACUGUGGUCUUCAUUUUUACCCUGGAUGACAAUCUCAUGGAGGUGCAGACGCUGGUGGAGCAGGUGAAAGAGAAGAACAUCCAGGCCUUGGCACAUAGCACUGUGGGGCAGUCCCUGCCGACCCCUCUGAAGAAACUCUUCCCCUCCAUCAUCAGUAUCAUGUGGCCACUGCCUUUCUUCGAAUAUGAAGGGCACUUUAUCCAGGUAUGGAGCAUGAGAAAGUAUUAUCUAUAGAAAAGAACUCAGAGGAGGAGGGAUUCCAGAAAUUAGAAAACUCAAGGCUAGUGGGUAGAAAGCUUUGUUGGGCUUCCACAAAGCCAGCUGGGCAAGUUCUUGGGCUACCAGGUCACUGGUCAGAGUUUCCAAGGCAGUGGCUCAGUUUUCUCCAGAAAUAUGCAAAAAAGAAAAAUGCAAAAAAGGCCAGACCACCAAUCACUUGACAGGUACUCAUUGGUCCUUUGUUACAGGUUCACUGUCAAUACCAUAGUCCUCCUCACUAUACAAAAGUCUUUAUGGUAUAGGUUUGCAAGUUUACUAUGCUGAAUUCACUGCAGGCAAUAUUACACUGAUACGGAUCCUGUUUACCAGUAAAAUUAUAAUCUGGUACACCCAUGAUGAUAACCACAGAAAUAAUAAUCACCCUGGGUGCACUUUGCAGUUUAGAGUUUGAAGUGGACAUCAGGACAUCUGGGUGUCAGUUCAGCUGUGCUUUGUAGCCCAAGAAAGAAAGCAGUUUUAUGUCUCUGGCCCUCAGUUUUCUCACUCAACACCUGUUUACCAUCCACAGGGCCCAACGAGGGCCCUGCAGGUUUGCCCUAGAGAGCCAUGGUCUCAUCCAUUAUUCAGAUCACCUCCUCCAGGAAGUUUCCUAACUCGAGCAGACAACAGCUGGAAUGUUGCCUUACCUGUACUCAGAGCUCACCAGAAGCCCUUCUCCCCCUGAGCAAGGGGAUCCAUGCUCCUUCCAACAUGUAUCUUUAUCUUCCCUUCCAAAUGCUCUUCAUUCGUCACAUCUUUACUUUUUGGCAUACCUUCCACAUUCAUUGUCUCCUUUGAGAUCUCACAUCUUCUAGGAAGUCUUCUCUGAUUAAACCCACAUUGUCUAGGCUCCUCCUUUAUGUGAUAUACCUCUCCACACUUACAGGGUUUAUUAUACAGUCAUCAUACCUAAUACACAUGUAGGCCUCUGCACUUUGCAAGGUAUUUCAUUUAUAAUAUCAGUUCUUAUAACAGUCUCCUAAAGGAUGUAUGUUUAAUGUCCCCCAUAUCUCAAAUAAGGAAGUUGAAACUAAGAGAUUAAGGGAUUAUAAUCAUGGCCACACAACUAAAGCAGGAGUCAGGACUGGAACCCCAGCCUUGUGACUCUAAGCCCGUGGUUGAUUUCGCUGUACAAUAUACACUUUGGCCAUACCUGUGAGUUGAGCCAGAUUCUUUUAUUAUUCAUUCAACAAAUAUUUUUUAUACACAUAUACAUGCCAGGUACUAUUCCAGGGUUAGGGGAUACAGUAGAGAGUGUUAACCUGUGAUCUUUUGAAAGAUAUCUGUAUUUUUAAAGAAAAUUGUAAUUAUAAUAGCAAUAUUUUCAUCGUAAAAACUUUAGAAAAUACAGAAAUCAAAAGAAGGAAAAAAGUAUCCAUAACAGCCUUCUUCCCAAAAACCACUUAGACAAAUUAUGGAGAAUGUCCCUCUAGACUUUUUAUGCAAAUGUAAGUAUAUUUAUACAAAAAUAGGACCAUAUUAGACAUGGUGUUUUUAACUUGCUUCUCUUCAUUGAAAAUUAUGAGCACCUUUCUGCACAAUUAUAUCCACAUCAUCGUUUUUAAUGUUAAUGUAGUAUCCUGCUGUAUGGAUGUACCAUAAUUUGUUCACUUUUCCCUCCAUUGUUAGACAUUGUAGAUAGUUUCGAUAUCAUGGCUUUAAUCAAAAUACAGCACUGAACAUCCUUCUACCUGUAUUUGACUGUUUCAUGAGGAUAAGCCCUGGGAUGAACCUCAAAAGUGGAAUCACUGGGCCAAAAGGUGUGUAAAAUGUUAAGGCUUUUUUUUUAAUUAAAAUUUUUUUAAUGUUCAUUUUUUGAGAGAGAGAGAGAGCACAAGCAGGGGAGGGGUGGAGAGAGAGGGAAACAGAAUCUGAAGCAGACACCAGGCACUGACCUGUCAGCACAGGGCCUGACCCCAGGCUUGACUCGGGGCUCCAUGGGACUCGAGCUCUUGGACCUCCUCAAGAUCAUGACCUGAGCCAGGGUCAGAUGCAUAACCGACUGAGCCACCCAAGUGUUCCAAGGCUUUUGGAUACAGGUUGUCAAAGUGAUCUAAAAGGUUUGUAAACAAAGUAGAAAAUUGCUUGUUCCCCCAUACCCUUUGAAUAUUGGGUAGCAUUGUUCUUUUUAAUCUUCACUAAUCAGCAAAGAAAGCGAAACAGAACAAAAAGCACUCAGUGUUGUUUUAAUUCAUAUUCCUUUGAUGACUAUGGAAAAGUGUGUGAUGGGCAUUGAAGAGGGCACUUGUUGGGAUGAGCACUGGGUGUUGUAUGUAAGCCAAUUUGACAAUAAAUUAUAUUAAAAAAAA